AUGCAUGGCAACGGCAAAGGCAAUAACAAUAAAGGCAACGGCAAUGCCAAUACCAACGGGGGUGGUAAACAAGAUACCGAUGGCAGGAAACAGGUAGGAUUGGAGCGAUUCACAGAAUCCUCAUCGAUCACAAUCUCAGAUUCCGUUCAGUGUAACGCCCAGACGCCCCCGUUGAAUCAACCUUUUCUAUAUGGUCAGCAGCCGAUCCGAGGUGUGAAUUUAGGAGGUUGGUUAGUCUUGGAGCCCUUCAUCACUCCAUCCCUCUUUGAACCUUACCUGGUCAAUAACGUGACGGAUGAAUAUUCCUUGACCAAGUUUUUGGGGCCUCAAAAGGCAAGAGAGUACUUGGAGAAACAUUACAAGACUUGGGUCACCGAGGAGACUUUCCGACGGAUCCGAGAUCUGGGACUAAAUCAUGUUCGAAUCCCUAUUGGAUUUUGGGCCCUGGGUGACUUAGCCACAACAGAAGGAGGAGAAAAAGAACCCUAUGUUCCAGAUCUAGCGCUCGAUUAUCUGUUACAAGGGUUGAAAUGGGCAGCCAAAUAUGGUAUCCGAGUCAUGGUGGAGUUGCAUGCGGCUCCAGGGUCUCAAAAUGGUUGGAACCAUUCUGGAAAAGCUGGCAAGAUCCAUUGGCUGGAUGGAACACCAGAGGGGCUCAAGAACGGUCAACGGACCAUUGAAUAUACAAAAAAAAUGACCCGGUUGUUGCAAGGACCUGGGAUGGAACAUGUCACGCCAUUGUAUGGGAUCUUGAAUGAACCAGCCAUCUUUAUGUUGGAACGAACCACAACGGAUAAAUGGUACAAGGAGGUUUUUGCGGCGAUGAGAGAUAUUACAGGGACAGGAACAGGUGCAGGUGCAGGCGCAGGAGCAGGAGCAGGAAAAGGGCCUUGGGCUAUUAUCCAUGAUGGGUUCUUGGGAUUAAAAGACUGGGAAGGAUUUAUGCCUAAUUCCGAUCGAUUGGCUUUGGACAUUCAUCAAUACUUGAUCUUUGAUCAUAAUCUGAUCCGGCUUUCCCGUAAAGACCAAGCCAAUUUCCCUUGUGAUGUUUGGGCCGAAGGAAUGCAACGGUCUUCUGUCCGUUUCGGUCCAACACUCGUCGGCGAGUUCUCAUCCGCGACAAAUGAUUGUGCAAGACAUUUGAACGGAAUAGGGAUUGGUGCUCGAUGGGAUGGAACGUUCACAAAUGGGGAUGAUCCUACCGGGGGAGUGUCUGCUGCAUGCGAUCCCAAGAAGAACGGUCAUAUCCCUGGGUUUUGUUCAUGUGAAGCUCAGAACAAUGCCGAUGCCUACACACCAGACUAUCGUAAAUUCUUGUCGGAUUUCACUCAAGCUCAAAUGGAUGCGUUCGAACAAGGAUUUGGAUGGUUCUAUUGGAACUUUAAGACCGAAACGAAUGCCUUGUGGUCGUAUUUUGAUGGCGUUGAUCAAGGGUAA